CUGUCACUGCUGUCUGCGCAAUUAUGCGUCAGGCAAUAUCAGAAAACUUUGGCAAGAUGGAAUCAUAAGUCACAAAAGAGUUUAAAGGAAUAGUUCAUAUUUACGAUAAAUGCGGACUGAAGGUUGGUGAUUGUGUCAGUGGAGCCCUGUAAAACACUCGAAGCCAAAUUACUUUUACCACACCUUGUCAAAGUCUGCGUCUCACAGACAUAAAUGAGUGCUGAUUAUUACUCGCACAAUACAGUGCAAUAAAGUGCACAUAUGCUAAACAGACACUCCUUUCAGGCAACAGCAAGCAGCAUACCACCCACGCAAGCUAGACAACGAUCCCAGAACGGGGUUUCCUCUCACACCUUGCCUUUGCAGAGCCCGAACUGAUCCUGCCUGUGACAGCAGCCGCUUAGAGAUCACGAAGCCUCUCAGAUGUGAAUAACAGAGAGCGCUGAUGCACCUGGUGCCUGGACAUUCCAGCACACCGGCUUUUCCCCUGGAUGGAAUCAAAUGUGUUCUGGAAAAUUUCUUCAUCAUGGCAAAUCGGCCUCUGCCACUGUCUCAGGAGACUUUAGCUCAGUUCAAUCGCUCCAUGUCCACAGAACCAGGUGCCUCAGGGCCUCCAAGGCGACGUCUGGGCUCUAUCUCCACUCGCCGAAGCUCUAAAGACCAAUCCAAGGACCAGCCCCACCACAGACCCCUGUUUCUCAGGAGCAUGACGGUUCCUUCAUCCGAGUCAUCGUUCUUGAGCCCCAACGUCAGCAAUUCUCACAUCUCCAUGGGCAAGCGGUUCUCAUUUGCAGGCUGGCACCAGGGAGGAAGAGUGAGCUUCUCUGGACUGUACCUCCAACAACCCAUCCAGGAGGUGUAUGUGGAGAACACCUACAGAAUGGGACCAGAACCAGGGUGCCAUUUCAGUGCCAGCAGGACCCAGCAGAUCUUACAGGCCACUUUGGAUAGUUAUUUGGAAGGUGUGUGUUACAGUCCUGAUAGUUGUAGCCAGCUGUGUCAGAUGUUAGCAGAUCUAGUUCUCAGUAAACUAAAAGAUGUCAAUCCGCCACGAUAUAAACUCGUGUGCCAGGUGGUGGUCGGGCAGAGUGGUAAACAAGGUAUAAGGGUGGCCAGCCGUAGCCUGAUGAACCCCAACACUGACAACUACACAUCUGCUGUUUUCCAUAAUCACUCACUGUUUGCUGUGGCUUUAGUACACGCCAUGUAUUUUGAAUGAAGGCUAAAUCAGCAGCCCUUAAUAUGUGUGCACAAAAUGCAUGCUUAAAAAAAGGAAAUAAUAUUCUCUUUAAAGAUUCAAACCAAGGCUGCAUUUAUUUGAUUUAAAAAAACCAAAAAAAAAAAAAACAGAGUAAAAACAGUAAUAUUGUGAAAAAGAUCAUUACAAUUUUAAAGAAAGGAUUUUUUUAAAUGGUCAAAUAGGGGCAGUACGAUUUUUGGGUUGUUUCUCAAUGAAGUGUCUUAUACCAUAAUUUAAAAGAAAGUUUAUCCAUUUAAAAAAAAAAAGUAAAUUAAUACUGUGAUGGCAAAACUGAUUUUCCAGUAGACAAAUUUAGAAAUCAGUAUCACAAUUUAUAUACAUACAUAUAUCAUUUUAUAUACUUUAAAAUAGACUUUAUGCUAAGACGUAAGCAAUAACAUUUUUAUUUUCUGUCUAAAAAAAAGCUACACACACGCGCUUAUACACUCUAAUACACAUUGGCCACAAUUAACGGCACCCUUUUAUUCAAUACUUUUUGAAACCUCCAUUUGCCAGUUUAACAGCUCCAAUUCUCUUAUAAUGCCUGAUGAGGUUAGAAAACACCUGACAAGAGAUCAGAGACCAUUCCUUCAUCCAGAAUCACUCCAGACCCUUUAGAUUCCCAGCUCCAUGUAGGUGCUUCUUCUCUUCAGUUCACCCACUCAUUUUCUGUUGGGUUCAGGUCAGAGGACUGGAAUGGCCAGCAGAAGCUUGGUUUUGAGCUCAGUGACCCAUUUUUGUGUUGUUUUUGAGGUUUGAGUUUGGAUUAUUGUACGGUUGGAAGAUCCAAACAUGGUCCAUUAUAAGAUUUCUAACAGAGUCAGUCACUUAUUGAUUUUUUAUCUGUUGGUAUUUGAUAGAAUCCAUGAUGCCAUGUGUCUAAACAAGAUGUCCAGGACCUCCAGCAGAAAUAUAGACCCACAACAUCAAAAAUACAGCAGUAUAUUUCAUUGUAAACAUGGGGUACUUUUUAUCCCUGUGUUCACCAAACCCAUCGUGAGUGUUUGCUGCUAAAAAGCUCAUAUUUUUAGUUUCAUCUGACCAUAGAAGCCAGUCCCAUUUGAAGUUCCAGUCGUGUAUAACUGAAUAUGCUGGUUUGUUUUUGGAUGAAUUUUUCUUGAAACCCUCCCAAACAACACGUGAUGUAGGUCAGGGGUGCAAACUCGUCAGAAGUGAAAAAGGUGACAAACCAAACUACCUCUCCCCCAUUUCAUGUUCAUAAUCACCCUGGAGUGCUCAAAAUUGUGAAUAUGAAUGGGACUAUACUUCAGAGACAUUUCACUCAUAAGAAUUUCUAGGGGUGCCAAUAAUUGCGUCCAACGUGUAUUUGAGAAAAACAUUUCAUGAUGAUAUCCCCCCCCGCCCCCAUUUUAAAUUCUUAUUCUCCAAUGAAAGGUUAAAUUUUUGUGAUUUUUUUUUUUAAAAAGGUCAAAAGUAUUAAUGCGGAUUAAUUUUCACAGCCUUCUUUGAUCAUCUUUUUGGCCAUGACUAUAUACACAUGUACAUACACAUUUAUACAUCUAUAUACACACACACAGUGUAAUAGGGCUGUAAUUUUUGUUUGUUUUUGAAAUUAGUCUCUUAUGCUCACUGAAUGCAUCAUUAAAAAUGACGUUAAAAAGACUCUUACAAAGCCUGAACUUUUAAACCAAGAAAUGGAAAAAAUAGAAAUGAAACUUAAAUUAUAAAAUUAAAAUGUUUAAUUGUCUUUGAAACCUGGAGAAAAAACAAACAAAAAAAAACCAAGACACAGAAACUGUAUAUUUUCAAUAAACUUUAUUCCCCCCCCACUCUCCCAAUACAUAAAAAGUGAUCAUACUGAACAUUUCCCAGUGUUGACACCGUACAAUUAUGUUACAUCAAUAAAUAAAAAACUAUAAAUAAAAAAAUAAAUAGAACACGUGCCACAAUUAAUUAAUAAUACUAGUUAGGAUUUGUCUGAGGGUAAUGGCUUUCACAAUGUUGGUAUUCUGAACACUUAUUUAAACACUUACAGCCAUGGUCACAGUUUUGAGGACAUUAUGAUUACUUAUGGAGCAUGUCAAGUAAACAAAGCUGGAGGCACACUGAAUACAUAGUCUUUUUUUUUUU